AUGGGAUGUUCCCCAUCUAAAGGUAACAAUUUUGGGGCUAAUGGCACCUUUAGGAGGGGCAGGACAUUAUUACCAGAGGGCAAAGAGAGCACAGGGGAGUCCCAGUCUGAUGAUGGAGGGAGUGGAGGCUCCUCCGGAACAGGAGACAUUGAUGGAGAGACUUGGGAGAGGAGAGAUGGGGAAAGGGGACUGGCUGGGCAGACCCACUCUGUUCAGAAGGAAGCACCUUCAACCCCACAGAAAAAGAGACCCUCCCUGACCGUGUUGGUUCCAGAGGGGGUCAUCCUGGAUAAAAAAGUGGGGACUCAAGAGACAGAUAACACAGGGCAACAUGGAAAAGAGAAACAAGGAGAUAAGCAAGAAAAGGGUGGACGAAAGCCAAAGAAAAAUGUCAAAGGAGUCAAACCAACUAAAAAGAAAGAGAAGGAGAAAAAAGCUCCCCUUGUGGAGCAGAAAGUUGACUUUCCGGAACCUUUAGUGAAAGCCCACCAGGCUGCUUAUGCCUUUUUAAACCCAAGCAUUAGCAAAUAUGAGAUUCUACUGGGGUUACUGGACCAGGCAACCCAAACCCAGGUGUCUGUGCAGCCAAUGGUGACCUUCAUGGCUAUGCGCUACGAGGAAAUCAACCGAGGGCUGGAGGAAAUGGCAGACCAGGGUGAAAGGCUUCUGAAGGACAAUGGGGAGCAUCUAGCCUGGCCAAGCCCAAUGAAAAACCUAUCCAGUUCUCCCCCUCUCAAAUCUGGUUCCAUCAAUGCUGAGCCUCCACCAGAUCUCUUGCAGCAGCUACUUCAGUAUACCACUCAAAGGAUGCGAAAUGUGGGCCAGUCUGUGGGCGACAUUGGGGACUCUGCCUUGGAGGACGCAGCUGAGUACUUUACCUCUGUCUCUGAGCUGCUGGAGGAGAAAUUAAAAGCCAAGCAUGCGGCGGAGACAAGACUGAUGCAGUUGCUGACUCGUAUUGAGGCUGCCUCACUUCGUAAGCCCGGACCAGAGGACUCUGCAUUGUUCAGUGAGGACAGUGGAAUUGGGGCUGAAAGCGAGUCACUAGCUGGGUCUGAAAGACGACUCCGCCGUGAAAGCUGUGAGUCCACUGGGUCCAACCGAACCACUCCUUACAGUCCUAUUGGCAGCAAUACUAGCCCAGUCCAGCAAGGGGCACCAAGGCAAAAGUUUGUUAAAAAAAUGAGCCCCAGCAACUCCCUAAACUCCAUAGACUCGGUGUGCACCAUAAUGGGUAAAGGAUCUGCCUCCUUAGACAAUGGUGAGGAGGAGGAUGAUGAUGAUGAGGGGGAAGAAGAGGGUGAAGGCGGCAGGAAGCGAUCUAAUGCCUCACUAUCUGAUCCUAACCAGCAACCUUGUCGCCUGGCACCCAAGCGCAUAGAAAACCCUCAAAAUGUGGAAAUGACCCUGAAAAUGAAAGAUUCCAUAAGUGGUCGGAUUCGAUUUGUUCCCUCACAACGUGACAGUGCCAAAACUAAACCAACAGACAGCCCCAAGACCAGGUGCCAGUGGACAGAGCAGGGGGAGCGAUCACCAAAAAGGCCCCAACGAGCAGCCUCUGUACGGAGGGCAAUUAAAAAGACCCCUGUUCCUAAAGAACACCGUUCACAAUCUGCAGAAUCCCUUCGUAGCAAAGGUGAAGAUCCAACACUGAUUGAACUAGAGAGGACACAGAGGGAUCUGAGUCAGAGAUUAGAGAGGAUGAGCAACGGCAGGAUGGAGGGAAAUACCAAGACAGGUCUCAGUAAACAGAAGCCAGGAGAUGCUGCGAAGUCCCCAGCAUCCAAUCGUCUAUGCCCGACCCUGCAGAAGAACAACAACAAUCUUCCAAUCCAGGACAAGGCAGGGCUUACGAAGCAUCACUCCAGGGAACAGAGGGCAGGCAAGGACAUUGAGGAGGAAAAUAAAAAGAAAGACAAGAAAACCAUCAAGGGGCCACUGAAAGCCACCCCACCUCCUAGCCCUACAUUGGGGCCAUUGAAAGCCACCCCACCUCCAAGCCCUCCAUUGUCACAUCGUCCAUCCUCAGGACUGUACCGGGGGAGGAAUUCUGUCAAAAGGCUGAUUGAUACCUUCAGCCAGGGGGUGUUAGAGCCCAACCAAGAAGCAUCCAAAGUGUUGGGGCCUCUCAAAGGGGUUCGAAAGUGUGGUGUCCCUGUUAUGCCUGGAGUAGGUGACAUUGAAGCCAUACUGAGCUGUGGGGUCAGCAGUUGUAGGACAGAUGACUUGGACCUAGAAAGUCUGCCACCCCCUCCUCUUGAAGUCUUAUUGGACAAUUCCUUUGAAGGUGCACAGAGCCUCACAGUUAGCGACGUAGAUGAUGGGGUUGCAAGUAGAGGUCGAUCCCCUAUUCCCAAGAGGGCUACGGCAUCUCAGAAGAUGCGUGCCUCCAUGCAUUCUGUGUCAGUCCUACCCAGCAGAGGCAACCUGCCCCAGGGCUCUAGCAGCAUGUCUCCUGCCCGGACUGUACGGCGUGAUAUCUCUGCUAGUUCCAGGGUUAGCCACCAUGAGCCUCAGCUGGAGGUAGACCCUGAGAUAGAGGAGGCGGCCACUCUCUACAAGCAAGCUAGAAAAAUCAUCCACUUGCGGCAUUCCUCAGAGUCUCCAAUUGAGAAAGGUCAGGCUGUGCCCAGAAGGCCCUCUCCCAAUCGAGCAGCAUCGGGAGGGAGACAGGGAGAUAACAGUCCCUCUGAGACAGUGCCUCCCACUUCAACAGUCAGUAGCCAACCACCUGCCACCCCGCCUGUAUCUAGAACCCGAAUGCUGCCUUCCACGCCUUCAACCCCAAGCGGCUUGCAUCGACGGCUACCCAGUCCCACCACCUUCAGAAAGCAGCCUAUGCCUCCAUCCUCAAACAGCCCUUCGGUCAUUUGCAAACUUCCCACCCCACCAACGCUUCAGAGAAGACUUCCAAGCCCACCUGCCUCAAGACAAGUAUUGACCCCAAACUCCAGCUCUUCUGGCUCCACACAUUCUUUCAAGGCACCCUCACCACCAGCGUCCCCAAGGGUACAAAGAUGGAGACGGGAGAACAGCAGCAAGGACUCCAGCCCAGGGGCCUCAGUUAUCUCUCAGUUUAUCAGUAACGCUCGCUCUGUUUUCUGCCCGGCCUCGUCCUCACUGUUUGAGGCCCAGCCUUGCCCCGUACCCCGCCCCCCCCAGGCUUGGGCCUCCACCAGUGGUAGUGUUGUCCCGCGAUCCUGGGGAGAUCGUGGUAGGCUCCCUAUGUCUGUGCAAGGGCCCAAGCUUUUCAUCCGACGCAGCCACUCAGACAGGAGGCCCAGUCUAACCCUGCCGUCCAGGGCACCCAUCGUCUCAUUUGCAGAGACUUGUGGGAGUGAACCAGCCAUCAGCACACAAGGGUGAGUGUCAAUGUUUCCCUCUCUCGAAAUCUCUCUUUCAAAACGCAAGAUAAUGCUGAUUAAUUGUCUUGCAAAUGAAAGAUAUGCCCGUGAUUAAGGAUGUUGCAAUGUGUAUUAGUUUUAUUCAAAGCAGGGAAAAGCCUCUUGUCACUAUAUUUCUAGUCAGCACUCCCUCUCCACUGUAGCACAGUAUAGGAUCACAAAAAGGGAAACAAUAUGAACCAAGAAAAUUGACUGUUUUCAUAAUGUGAUUAUCAUCCUGUUAAUAAUAAUUUGCAUAUAUUUGUCCUGUUACAAACAAGUGUGUAAUGGAAAUGUGUUUCUUGCAUAUCCCAACUCCCCCUGAGACACCCACAGGGAGUGGGGUCACGGUCACCAUUGUCUAGCAACCCCUGGAGCAAUUGGGGUUAAGUUCCUUGCUCGGCACAGCAACAGAGUUUUUACCUUGUCUCCGGGAUUCAAACCAGCGAAUUUUCCGGUUACUGGCCCAACGCUCUAACCUUGAGGCUACCUGUUUUAGUAAAUUCUAUGAACAAAAGCAAAACAUCUGAAUCACUUAUCUCGCUAUGUGAAAGUAGUCAGAAAAUACUGUACAGUACAUGUAUGGUCACUUUUUUGCUCCACCAUAUACAACUUUCUUCAUUUAUUUCACAAUGGAGACAACUGACGUGUCAGUGCUCUAUGAAUGAGUACAACUUUUAUUACAAAUCACAAAUAUAUAAAUGCUUGACCUCUGAAGUUAAAGUGGCACUCCAGUCUCCUUUUCACCUCAUUUAACACCUGAUUUACUUCACAAAAGGCAAUGUAGGUGGGGUGGCUUUCAACGGCCCCUUGGUGGUUUUCUUGUCUUUCUUUUUAUUUUCCUCCUCAAUGUCCUUGCCUGCCCUCUGUUCCCCGGAGUGACGCUUCAUAAGCCCUGCCUUGUCCUGGAUUGGAAGAGUGUUGUUGUUCUUCUGCAGGGUGGGGCGUAGAUGAUUGGAUGCUGGGGACUUCGCAGCAUCUCCCGGGUUCUGUUUAGUGAGACCUGUCUUGGUAUUUCCCCUUUUCAGGGUCAUUUCCACAUUUUGAGGGUUCUCUAUGCGCAUGGGUGCCAGGCGACAAGGUUGCUGGUUAGGAUCAGAUAGUGAGGAGUUAGAUCGUUUGUGCCACCUUCUCCCUCUUCUUCCCCCUCAUCAUCAUCAUCCUCUUCCUCCUCACAAUCGUCUAAGUAGGCAGUUCCUUUACCCAUUAUGGGGCACACCAAGUCUAUGGAGUUUAGGGAGUUGCUGGGGCUCACUUUCUUAAUAAACAUUUGCCUUGUUGCCCCUUACUGGACUGGGCUAGCAUUGCUGCCAAUAGAACUGUAAGGAGUGGUUCGGUGGGACCCAGUGGACUCACAGCUUUCACGACGGAGUCGUCUUUCAAUUCUCUAUUGCUCCGCUGUUGUUCCUCAAGCAAGGGGGUAGGAUACUAUGGAUACCAUCCGAUUAGAUGUUGAAAGUUCAAGUGAGACAUCACAGCACAGUUGAAAAAUAUAUGGCGCGUGGAAAUCAAAAGGGGGUGGUCUAUGAUAGAUAGGUGGGAUGGGCUGAGAGUAGCAGAGGGCUGGGUUUAAAAAGCUCAUGAAUCCAAAAUAUUAUGUGUGUAUAUAUAUAAAAAAAACUAUUCCUUUGUUAUUUAACUGUGUAAAAAAAGUACCAUGUACAGCAUGUAAAAUGUAUGUAAAAUGUGUGUAAAAUAUACACUACCAAUAAAAAGUUUGGACACAACUACUCAUUCAAGGGUAUUUCUUUAUUUUUACUAUUUUCUACAUUGUAGAAUAAUAAUGAAGACAUCAAAACUAUGAAAUAACACAUGUGGAAUCAUGUAGUAACCAAAAAAGUGUUAAACAAAUCAAAAUAUGUUUUAUAUUUGAGAUUCUUCAAAUAGCCACCCUUUGCCUUGAUGACAGCUUUGCACACUCUUGGCAUUCUCUCAACCAGCUUCAUGAGGUAGUCACCUGGAAUGCAUUUCAAUUAACAGGUGUGCCUUCUUAAAAGUUAAUUUGUGGAAUUUAUUUCCUUCUUAAGCCAAUCAGUUGUGUUGUGACAAGGGGGGGGGGGGGGGGGGGGGGGGGGUUGGUUCCAACCACCAUGUCUUUGUGAGACGUGGUGUGGGUGAACAGAUGAUCUCUGCAUGUGUAUUUCCCACCGUAAAGCAUGGAGGAGGAGGUGUUAUGGUGUGGGGGUGCUUUGCUGGUGACACUGUCUGUGAUUUAUUUAGAAUUCAAGGCACACUUAACCAGCAUGGCUACCACAGCAUUCUGCAGUGAUACGGCAUCCCAUCUGGUUUGGGCUUAGUGGGACUAUCAUUUGUUUUUCAACAGGACAAUGACCCAACACACCUCCAGGCUGUGUAAGGGCUAUUUUACCAAGAAGGACAGUGAUGGAGUGCUGCAUCAGAUGACCUGGCCUCCACAAUCCCCCGACCUCAACCAAAUUGAGAUGGUUUGGGAUGAGUCGGACCGCAGAGUGAAGGAAAAGCAGCCAACAAGUUCUCAGCAUAUGUGGGAACUCCUUCAAGACUGUUGGAAAAGCAUUCCACGUGAAGCUGGUUGAGUGAAUGUCAAGAGUGUGCAAAGCUGUCAUCAAGGCAAAGGGUGGCUAUUUGAAGAAUCUCAAAUAUAUUUUGAUUUGUUUAACCCUUUUUUAGUUACUACAUGAUUCCAUAUGUGUUAUUUCAUAGUUCUGAUGUCUUCACUAUUAUUCUACAAUGUAGAAAAUAGUAAAAAAUAGAGAAAAACCCUUUAAUGAGUAGGUGUUCUAAAACUUUUGACCGGUAGUGUAUAUGUAACAAAAAACCUGUAAAAACUAAAAUGUAAAAACCAAGUUGCUUUUGUCCUUCAAAGAGAGUGGUGGAUGGGCCAACAAAAUGAAAUAAUAAAAGGGGGGAGGCCGAUGACAUUACAAAUUCUGAUCAGACCAAGUCCCUGAAUGCCCUACUCCUUGAAGUUUGCAGUUGUGUCUAAAAAACACUAUUUUGCUCAAAACAUGUUUGUUUACCCUUUAGUGUGUGUACUUUACUGUAUACUUGGGAUAUCACUUUUCAACAGGAAAAGUUCAAAAAUCACUGAAGGACGUCUUUAAGUUAGCUUAUUGUGUUGCAUGUUAAAGAAGUUAAAAGAUUUCCACUUCAGAUUUUCACCAUCAUUUUAUCUCAUACCUGAAGUUGAAAAUAAGUUUAGAGGAAGUAUUUAAUCACCGCAAUGGUGUUUCAAAGUGCAGCCUUGACUCUUUUUGUGAAUUCAGUCUGAUUCAGACAAUAAUAUUAGAGGGCUAAUUUAAUGAAUUAACACACUAUGAAAACAUAAUUAUUUAAUUUGCUUGAAGCCUACUGGUUUCGUUGAGCUAUGAGAGGAAAUUUUUCUUGAAGAUUAUACAUAACCAUUAUUGUCACUUGAGUUCAAUGACCAAUAUGGGCGACAAAAUCACAAGACACUAGAAAACUACUUCUGGUCACCUAAGUCCUCAACUAUUGGAGAAUCAAAACAUUGUAAAAACAAGCCCCAAGUGCAGUGUUUUUAGUAAGGCUUGAAGGAGUAAAAAAAAAAUGUAAUGCUACUUAUACUGACAGAAAAUUGGUCCUGUGCGACAAAAACACAAAGACACACAACAAAAGGUCUGUAGUUUCCCAGUCUUACAUAGAAAAUGGCUAAAGUGUGUAACUUCAAAUGCUGCAAAACAAGUUUGUUUGGAUUUUGCUCAUUUAGUGCCAACAAAUUGACCAGCUUCGUAUCGACUGCCUUGAAAGAUAAAGACAGAGGGUGAGAGGGGAGGGUGAAAUAAGGUCAAGGAGAGGAGAGAGGGGAGCUUUGUAUUAAAAAUGGAAGAGCCGUAAAGAGAUUACAGCAGAUACAAAACUGACGCUAAAUAUAAAAUAGCAUUACAAAAUAAUUAAAGUACCCUGACAGUGCCAUUUUUAAUUACAAUGUAAUUUAUACUGUAUUUCUGUGUUUUUUAUUCUGAUCUUGCCACUGUGAAAUCAUAACACUGGGUUUUUGUGUGCUGUCUAUUUGUCUCAUCCAUGCAGACUAUAGUAGCACUGUUCCUGAUCUGAGCUAGGCAAAACUAGCUAAUCACUUCUGCAUUACCUCUCUAUGACUCACGGUAGCUUGUUUUAGCCGGUGAGAACUGGUUGCUGACCCACCUGUCCCAUUUCUCUAAUCCUCAAACCACUUCUUCGCUUUACUCCCAUAGGCUGGAGGACGAGCCAAGCAGAGAUGACGAGUUGUGGGACAGCCAAUCAGAUUUCAGAGGGAAUAUCCACUCUGCUUCGUACCCAGACCUGUGCAUCGUGGGUCAGGGCCUUACAUUGUGAAUAAGGGGCUGGUUGGUAGAAGACCAAGUCAGAUUAUGGAUAAGACUGAGGAUUUAAGACUUUUUUACACUGGGAAGAGAGGAAGUGCUAAUUCAAGAAAGCUUCUUUACCGGGUGGUACCACUACCCACUCCUCCCUUUUUAUUUUCUUCAGAGACGUUUUUCUAUUACGUAAUUUUUUUCUUCGAUGUGGUUUGUUUGUUUGUGUGUGCGUACGUGCGUGUGUAUGUGUAUGUGCAUGAAAAAUACAAAUAAAAUGUAUAUAAACACACAGGCACACAAACACUUUUAUGUUUACAUUACAAUGAAUUUACCAAUUUGCUCCACAUACAGUACACUUAAUAAAUAUUGUGAUAAAACAAUCAUAACGUACAAUACCUUCCAGACAUACAGUACAUGGUCACUGAAAGAUACAUGUUUUGCCUUUGAUACAGAUUUAAAAAAAACAUGGAAUAAGACAAUUUAAUUUGCACUUAAGGAUGGUGUGCAUAAUUUACAUACAUUUGGUUGUUAUUAACUACGAGUGUGAUUAUCCAACAAAAUUACAAUGAAUGAAAUUAGGAAUAUCAAAUAUAAAAUAUGUGAAAUCAUAGCCACCUAUUUGAGAUUUCUUUAUUUUCGGUUGGGAAAAUGUUUUAUAAACUCUCUUUUUGACUGAUAUUUUCAUUAACAAAUGUUGAUCUCCAUAUUUCCUGUUUCGGUUUGUCAAUGUAUUUCUGAUGUUUUUUUACCGUCAUGUUUCCAAAACAAAUGUGCAUACAUGCACAACUUUGACUUUGGACUCAAAUCAAUACUAUAGGCUGGAAUUCAAACCCAUACCGUAAUGCAAUUCAUUUUCACAGAAAAUAUCAACUUGUUAUUGAUUUUCCCAGAACAUUUCAUUCACAUUCACAUAUUCAGAAUACAAUUGUUUAGCAGAUUUCUUACUUAGCUAUCAUGCUAAUUUUAACUGGGACUAUUGUUUUUAACCCUAAAAGAGGCCCAAUAAAAUUAGGCAGAGGCUGUGGAUCUGUAUAUGUAACCACCCUGUCCCGUCCCCCUGGAUACCUUUUCCCUAGAGCUGAAGAUCCGAAUAACGUUUUGUGCAUGUGUUUCUAUACCGCAAACAUUUGUAACUGUCAAUUAUUAAUAAUAAUUCUUCAAGUUUUACCGUUGACACGUCCAUGCAGCAUCGGCAUGCCAAACAUUUGAUCUCAAUCAGUUUUAUGGGGAU